AUGGCGAAGAUUGGGAGAAAGAUGACGACCGCCAAGGGAGCGAAGCCUAAGCUCUAUAAGCGCACAGCCGUUUCAUACCAGCACAAGAUGGAGGUUCUCGUCUACUUAGAUAAGACUACUAUGGAGGAAAUGAUGUACCAUGGGUUAAGUAAGGACCAACUACAAAGCAAAAAGCGCCAAUGCUACGCCUGGAAGGCAAUCAGGGCCACCGUCGAGGCCAAGCGUGCAAGCGGAUCGCACCUACCCUACCGCGACCGAAGUCGUAGCAUUGGCGCUACACUGCCUCCUGCCGCUGAGGAGCAGCUUGUGGAGUGGAUCAACCGCCGUCGUGUUGACGGAGUGCCUGUCACAUCCCUCAUACUCAAGCUACAGGCUAUAGAAGUGUACCGUGGCUGCCAACUCCCACAUGGUGCUUUCACAGCUACGUGGAGCUGGCAAAAGCACUUCAUGCGUCGCCACAAGCUUGCCAUACGCAGCAGAAAGCGAGUCGGCCAAUCUACCCCUGCCGAUGCCGCUGCUACAUCAAAGGCGUUCAGCGCAGUGGUGUAUGCAAAGUUAAAAGAGCUCAAGAUUACAAAAAUGUUUAACACGGACCAAACCGGUAAAUUCCAUUCAUUUCUAGCAUCGUGA